AUGAAGCAUGGUGAUUCAAUGUUAUUUGCGUUUUAUUGUACGAGCAAAAAAUUAAUCAUGUUAUACGCGAAUUUUUUUCAUUCGUCCGUUAAAACUUUAUUUAGUGACUUCGUUGAUCACAUAUUUUCUUUUGGAAUAAAAGACUCGACGAUUGUGAAAAUACCCACAUCUUGUUCGGUUUUCUCCAACAAACAACUUUGUUUAUAUACUUAUAUAAGAUUACACAUUUCACAUACAUUUUAUUAUUGUAUCAAUCUCCAACACGGCUCGUAUGGAGAAAAAUUAUAUCCCAAACACACUCUCAGAUUUGAUCGAUUUGUUUUGGAAUUCUUAUGGAUCUCGUACCGAGAUGACUUUCUGAAAUUAUAUACUGAAAUAUACACAUAUCUUACAACUGCAAGGGCUGUACUUGAUCGAUCACUUAGAAGCCGGACGAAUCAGCUUCAUGAUACCAGUUGGAUCUCAGGUGAAAGAUUAUAUGUAUUUACAGAAAAUUAUAUUCGAAAUAAACUUGACAAAGUUUCAAAAGAUAUUAACAGCCAACCUGCCGAUAAUAUUCUUCAAUAUUAUAAAAGGUCUCGGGACAAACAUCGAAUAUUAUUUGGAACACUCAAUGGUGCUUAUAACUAUUUUAAUCGUCACUGGGUUAGAGAUGCGUAUGACAAUGGUAGAGAUGUAUGUGAGAUUCAUGUGCUAUGCACGAAAAUAUGGUCGGAAGUUGUGUUGAAACCGUUGUUUUCUCGAAUAAUUGGAAAUUUAACGACAUUUAUGAACAGUUAUAAGAACCGUACUUUCACUGAUACCAAUUUGAUCCAGUGCAUGAAGAAAUUAUUUGGCAGUGAUAUAGAUUGGUCUCAACCUCCUUCCUUUGGAUUCGACUUUCUUUCGACUAAUAUAAACAACACAGAUAUGCCAGAUAUUCACCAUUUGAUGGUAACGGUCGAAAAGGAGCUUUUGCGAACAACAGAAGAUUUUUAUCAGAAGAAACCGAUUCCUCCUUCUUUCGAAUCAAAUGAUCAAUUAUUUAAUUACAUAAAAUCAAUAGUAGAAUAUGUUGAUGAUGAAAUACAACAAGCCAACGUUUGUUUAUUAAUCGAAAUAUCAACAUUGAAGAAGUUACAGGAUUUAUUAGAAGGAAUAUUUUUUCCACCAAAUGUUGUCGAUAUUAUCGUGGAUAAACUACGAAAACUUUUGUUAGACGAUAACAACUACAACGAAUUAUCGAGACAAUUCGAAUCAAUUCGUCGAUUAAAGAUAUUGAAAAAUGAAUUAUUGAAAUUAAUUGAAGAGCACGUUUACGAAAAAGGUCGUCAUGAAAUUGAAUCUAUCUAUACCGACAAAUCAAUAAAUGAGACUAUCGAUCCUUCAUUUUAUAUCGAAACAUUGAUUGAUCUUCAGACGAAAUAUCAGGCAUUGAUUCAAAAAAUUCUCGCAAAUGAUGCAGCUUGUAUUGCUGCUUGUAAUAGUGGUUGUGCAAAAUUUGCUAAUCAAAAUGUUUUAACGGAAAAGUCGGAUAUGACGACAAAAUCAGAAGUAUUGUUAUGCCAAUACUGCGAUCUUCUGUUGAAGAAAGGAAAAACAGCGACUACGGAUGAUAAUUGGAAUCAUAAACAAAAAACUAUUCUCAUUGUUUUCGAUUUUAUCGAAUCUAAAGAUCUUUUCAUGCGAAUAUAUCAAAAGAAACUCUGCAAACGUUUACUUAAUAAAUCAAGUGUAUCGCAUGAGUACGAAACAUCGUUAAUUUCAACAUUCAAAGAUAAAUGUGGUCAUGAAUAUACAUCAAAAAUUGAACAAAUGAUGAAAGAUAUUCGUAUAAGUGAAGAUUUAACUAAGGAGUAUAAAGAGAAUGUAGAGAAGAAUUCGAUCUACGAUUCAGAGAAAUUCUCUGUCAUGGUAUUUAUGACAAAUUACUGGCCAUUAUCUCCUUUACCGAAUGUGAUUUUACCAACCGAAUUAAAAUCAAUGUUUGAUGAUUUCACGAAAUUUUAUCUUGGAAAGUAUAAUGGUCGAAAGUUAACGUUACUUCAUCAACAUUCACAUGGAGAACUUCGUAUGAAAAUUUCGGGACAAACUUAUCAAUUACUAGUUUCAACAUAUCAAAUGAUGGUAUUAUUUUUAUUCAAUGACAAGCCAAAUUGGACAGUCGAACAAAUUCAAGAUCGAACACAGAUUGAAUCAAAAUUGUUACCAGACAUUUUAUCAAUUUUAUCAAACAAAAAUAUCUUAAUCUCUGAGAAUGGUUUUGAUUCAACCAGUGUAAUUCGACUAACUGACAAUUUCACCAGUGAUAAGUUUCGAGUGAAUUUGAAUAUUCCAUUGGAAUUGAAUAAAGAGAAAAAGUCCAAUGAUCUAUCUCGAACAAUUGAUGAAGAACGUCGAAUGAAAAUUCAAGCUGCUCUUGUUCGAAUUAUGAAGAAGGAAAAGAUAUUGAAAUAUUCAUUAUUAAUUGAACAAAUCAGAACACAAUUUCAACCAGAAGUUUCGUCAAUCAAAAAAUGCAUUGAAAUUUUGAUCGAAAAGGAAUAUUUUCAACGUGAUCCAAACGACAAAAACACUUUGGUUUACUUACCUUGA